AUGCAUCUUCUAGCCCAAGCAAUUCUCUCUGGAGUCUUUAUUGGCGCCUCGUUAGGGGGCUCCCUCGAGGUUAUCGAUCAGGAUCGCCAAUGUGUGAUAUGGUCCAAUGAUAACCACGGAUGCACAGGUUACUCUGCAUCCUUUGCAGAGCUCAAUGGAACCGAUUGCUCAGAGCUGAACGAGGCCGUGAACGGCACACGCAAAGACUUCUCUGCUCUUAAUGUAGAGGCGUGUGGUACUGAAAACGGCAAGGAUGCUGCUUGGAUAAUGGUUGACCUGACUGGAGAAGUCACUUUCUUCAAUCAGAACGGUGACAAGUCAGGAUGUACUCUGAAUCAUGGACUCAAGGCUGGCAGCUGGUGCAAUGCGUCUGAUCCUAAGCACAUGACCACCGCCGAUUUAUCUUCCGCUUCGACUUCUUCAACUACGGCGAUGUCGGCCACCAUGUCAGACUUCAAGUCGAAAACUACAACUUUCACCUCGGCGUGUGUCUCUCCCUGA